AUGGACAAAUGUGCAGUGGCUCAGCUGAGUAGUCCAGCUAGCAAUCGCGUUAUUUCGGAGAAAUUGUUGUUGUGUACCGAGCGGACAGCGGACCCACAUGCGGGUGCUCCCGAGCCCCCUCGCACAACCGCGCCAGGAACGACCACGAUCGAAGUGUUAGACAGCCUUAACUCGACCAGCGCGCCUUGGACAAGAAGACAUGCCCGGCCUAGUGAUGGCCACGCCGCGGUAGUGCCCCCCGAGACCCUGAGUUCCGGAGACAACCAUGAUAGCAACGGACAAAACACCUUUGGGCGAUAUCUUCUAGAGGAGAUCGCGAACACCCAUUCUCGCACGGCGCUGUCGAACGAACCGUCCACACGAGAAGCCUAA